AUGGAAGGCUUUGCUGGUGUUGAGGAGGAGAUGAUCAGAGAGUGUCUAGACAAAAUCAAAGAAUACAAAUCCAAUGUCACUCCAGGACUCAAAAAGGGCAAGAAAGAGGAUCCGGUAAACUACAGGACAGUCAGCCUCACCUCCACCCCUGGAAAGGUGGUGGAGCAAGUUCUUCCAGGUGCCAUCUCCAAGCAAGUGGAAGAGAAGGUUAUCAGGAGUAGUCAACAUGCUAAGGGGAGAUCAUGUUCGAUGUACCCCCAUGUAGACAAGUGUCGGAAACAUCACAAAACAGGAAAGAUGUUUGCAGCUUUAAAGUAUCAGUCAACAGACUAUUUAUAUGAGAGCAUGGCAAGGCAAAAGUAUUCCAUCCGUAGAUUAUCACUUUGCUUUCCUCCCUAUUUCCGACAACAUGAAAAGUAUCAUCUGACUGGACUUUUUGCUCAUGAUCAGUAUAGGAGGCCCUGGACAAGAAUUACUUCAACACAGAACAUGAUUGCUGUUUCAGUGUUGGAUCAAUGGAAGAAAAGUUCAUAUGUGGAGGAUUUCCUGGAAAAGAAACCUAUCAGUUCUAUAGGGUUCUGUGUCAAUAAUGAAGUAAUAGCAAGCUCAAAUCCCAUCUCUCAGAUUGACACAGAAACAUAUUAUUUACUCGAGAAAGUUGUUUGUGAGGAAGCAUCAACUCAAGAGAAAUAUUUGAAGAUCGACUGUGCUACUGAGCUUAACGAACAGUGGCAAGAUCUACAUGUUGGAGAUGAAUUUGUUUUUGUUGAUAAUCUGAAAAACUAUCAUAAAAAACUUCCUAAUUUAUCUACACUUCUGGGCAGACUUAAAUUUUUUUGUGUGAGAGAUCCUUUUUUAGUUUCUGAAGGAGAGAAUUUAACAGAAGAGAAUAUUUUUAGGGAGUGUUUGACUUUCCGCAAUAAAAUAGAAAUGCAGGAGAGUAAGAACGAAUUUCAAGGAAUUAUGGAGGAAUUCUGUAAAACAACAUUAGAAGAUAAAGAGUAUUUCGUGUUGCCUUUUGAGUUAGAAUUCUGCAAAAGCAGCAACAGCAAAUCAGAGUCCAAUAAGAUUCCAUCAUAUUUGGAAUUGAAGGAGUUACUAAAUUUAGCUCCAGAAAAUAUGGCUUUUGAAAAUAUGUGUGAAGAGGUAAUCAAAGAAGCUCUCAAAGAAAAAAUUGCAAACAAAAUGGAAGUUGCCAAAUACUGUCCUAUUUCAGUGGUUAGCUCCAGUAACAGCAUAAGUAUGUUGGAAAUCUCUGACACAGCCAAGCACAUCUCAUAUCUGAAAGAUGAAAUGGAAGUACCUUUAACUCCUCUAUGCAAACAACAAAGAUCACAGGUGAAUUUUCUCUGCGUAGGACUUCAAGAAGAACUUAAUCCUCUUUUUGAUAACAGUGUUUUGAUUACAGAGCCCUCUAAGGAAUACUUAGACUCCUUGGUAUGGCAAUCAGAGAAGUACUGGGAUAAUGUGAACUCUCUUUUACUUGUCGAGUAUCAGAGCUUUAAACUUGAACAUCGGCGCCAUUCUCUCACAGAGCUAAAGAAAAUGCUGUCAGUUGAUGUAGAAACACCAAUGUUUAUGUCACUUGAAAAGGACUGGUGGCUUCACAUGAGAUUAGAUCUGGUCUGCACUGAUACUUUGGAGCAAUUUAAGAGGGAUUCCAAUAAUACAAACAGUUUGUUUUCUACAGAAGUAGAAACAUUCACACAAUUUUCUAUACGUCAGUUAGAAAGAUGGCCUGAAGAAAAGAAUUCCAUGCCAGAUCAGGAAUUGCUUUCUAGUGAAAGAGGUCAGAUGGAUGAAGUAACUGAUGUUUGCAUGUCACCUCAGACCAAGAUGCAGCACUGUGCCCUGCCUAUAAAUGCUGCGUCUUCUCUCAAAAUAGACAAAACAAAUACACCUCUGGAAAAUGUUACUGGAGGAAAUAUACAAAAGAGAAAGAUUGAAGAACCUGUUUAUUUCUUCAACCGAGAAGAGAAGACAGACAUAUCACUUGUGUCUGUCGGUUGUAAAGAUACACCUUUUAAACAACACAACUCUUCUGAGGGUCAAAACCUCACGUCGUUCACACUUGAUUCAAAAUGGGACAAUGAUGAUUCUGAUCUGAACAACUUUAUAAUGCUAAGGUGCAAACGCACAGUCACACAAACACAGGAAAAAAAUGGUGUAGAUCAUCCUGAAAAAGUGCUACAGCCUGAAGAACUACAUUUAUCUGAUCACAAAGAAGACAGUUCCGUUUGUGAGCCUGCAAGAACAGAGAAAAAAGAGCAAGAGAAUGACAGCAGUGUCAUAAUCAAAAUUCAAGCAUCAGAAAGCCAGUGCCAGUCAUAUUGUCUGCUGAAGGGAGCAGCUACUUCUGCUUUAAAAGAUUUGACUCAUCUGGGUGUACUUGCUUCUGUAAGUUGGAGCUUUGACAGCGUUAAGUUUGAUCACACAAGAUUUUUCCUAAGACAACAGGAGAAGGUGAUAUGUGAUCGUUUUAAAGAAGGUAAAGUAGAUGAGAAAGAGAUCAUCCUGUUCAGGCAUGCUGCUCUGGUGCAUCUGCUGGUGACAUGUCGAGACCUUCUGUUAACAUGUGGCUUGGACACAGCACUAGGAUAUUUGUCUAAAGCAAAGGAUAUCUAUAAAAACAUCUUAGAAUCCUGUUUGAAUAAUACCUGGAGGCAGCUGAAGAUUGUACAGUACAGCAGCCAGAAAAAGCAUGAAUCCAGUCCGAGAUUAGCAGAGCUUCAGUGUCGACUGUUAGAUUGGAUGCAAACUUAUGCAGAGGAACAGAGUGUUAAGGUGCUGAAAGGUUGUAAUGAGACUCCCCAGUCUUCUCUUCUCCGAGAUGAACAAGUCCAGCUUCUUAAAUCUUUCUUUGCAGGAGAGGUGCUCCAGCCCCCUGAUCACCUUUGUAGCCCUCAUCUGGAUUCACCCCAACAUCUCCAAGUCCUUGUGCUGGGGGCCUCAGACUUGGACUUUGUAUUCAAUAUACUAAUCAUACUAAGAAUGGACUCUGAGAGAGAAAAGGCAGCUCUCAUUCACACUGUAUCUAGACUAGAAGGUUUAAAAGCCAUUGAUUUGAAUUCUGAGAAAAAAGGAAACAUCCUGGGAUAUAGAGAUAUCGUCACCAAUAGAUAUGCCUGUGUUAUUAUACAAAAUCAGAACAUUGGAGCUGACUUCCCCUGGAGACUCUUCUCAUUAGUGAUAGAAUAUGAUUAUUCUGAAAACUCUUGCUGGAAAAAACUGUGUGAAAAUCUAAAUAUUGCAUACAUGACUUUUAAAACCAUCCUUCCUGAAACAGUACAAAUGGGAAAUCACUGUGGUUCUUCUCUCCUGGAGAUACAGAUUCCUUAUGUGUUUCUCACCACUGAAGGUCUUCUUAAUAUGCCAGAUUUUCUUCAGCUUUUGGAAUCUCACUACAGCAUUACUUUUGUUGAAAGAAGCUGCAGUUACUCCUUGAGGCUACUUGGAGAUACAGACCGAUAUGUUGUGUUGACAGUAGAUGAACGCACUGCUAUCUUCUUGCAGAAUAUGGAUGAGUUAAACCACGAGAAGUCCUGCGACAAUGUAAUAUCGAAGCUGAUAGCAUUAUCACUCCAAUAUACAUGCUGUUGGGUUGUUUUCUACUCCAGAGAAAGACUGAGUUUGGAGUACAGUCUCAGCGGAGAUACUCUUCUCAGCCUUGUCUUAAUUUAUGCCAAUUUGAUAGAAUUUAUACAGAAGUCAGAAGACUUUGAAGUGAAGGUAGUUCUUACACCAGGGAUUGAAGAGGCAGCACUGUUAAUUCGUCAAAUAGCUGACAACAUUUUGAUGACAUCUAGUUUCAGUCCCCAUGAAUGGCUGGACAAAUCUUGGCUUUCUGUCUUGCCAUCUGAGAUGGAGAAAUGCUUGCUUGCUUUUCCUUGUAUCAACCCUCUGGUUGCUCAGCUGAUGCUAAAGAAGGAAUCUUCUUUGAACAGGCUCUUUCUGGCAAGCUAUGAUCAACUUCAGGAAUUACUACCAGAGGUUCCAAAAAAAGUUCUAAAGCAUUUUAGUGACAUUACCUCUUCGUACAGCACAAAUGCUGCUGCGCCACUGAAAACAACAGUGAAACGUUCAUCACCUCCAGAAAACUGGAAUAUCUUUAAAAGACUCUAUCCAGAUUGUAAGCAAAAUCCUCAGUCUUUAGAGUUGCUAGCUAAGGCACAAACCAGCACAGGGCCAUCUCAUGUGAAUUCUGAAGCCUCGUUUCUUCCAUUGAAACAUAAUCAAAGUUUUAUCAACUCUGACCUUUCAAGCUAUAUGCAUGAGAGACCAUGUUUUUCAGAAGUAGCUCCAGAGAGAAAACAGAAUUUCUUUGUUGUACCAAAGGGCAGUGAAGAUUUUGAUCGUCUAAAUGCUAUGAAUUCUUUUUACAUUAAAGGUCAGGCUUUCAGGACACACUGUAUCUCUGAUCAUCCCUCCAAAAAUUCUGAAGAAGAUUUCUUUACAACUUUCAGUGACUGUGUACCUCCUGACAGCUCUACAGCUUUUCUGGAAGAAUUUAGAGGCACAGCAUUUAAGAGCCCAGAAAUUCAGAUUUAUGAGACUCCAUGGAAUGACUUUUCAUCCACUUGCACAUACAAUUCAUUUGCACCUAACUUAAUUCAUUCUGAUUCCCUUGUUGAUCCAGAUGAAAUUCAAAUUCUGUGUUUCCAAAACCAAGAUCGAGAACUUUCAGGAAACAGAAAGCAAAGUCCACCAUUCUUAUGGGCAAAAGGAAAAAAAAUACCAGAUUCAGGACUUGAAGAAGUACCAAGAACUAAAAAAAGGAGAUUGAUGUAUGAAAGAGUACCUGGAAGAGCUGAUGGACAAACACGUCUUAAAUUCUUUUGA